AUGCCACCCACCAACAAAACCUGGCACAUCCAGCACCACGCCCUCGCACACCAACCAGACAAAACAAAGCAAUUCAUCUGCCCAGCAGAAACAAGCCCCCACCGCGCAACCCUACUAAGCUUCCCCUCGCGCCGCUCAACCCUCCCAGAACUCAACGCCGCAACCCGCAACGAGAUAAUAUCCCUCGCGACAGCAAUCGCCGCCUUCGAGCCCGUCCGCCUCCAUGCCCGAGCAGAAGACAUCUCACAAGCGCAAGCCCUCCUCGACAAACAAACCACGCUAUCACCCCAGCAGCGCGCAAACAUAACCCUCAUUUCCGCACCAACAAACCACUGCUGGAUCCGCGACACAGGCCCCGUCUACAUCCGCAGCGCGGACGAAGCAGACAAAACCCGCUACGCAAUUGACUUCCGCUUCUGUGAAUGGGGCCACAAAACAACAGAACGCAUCUACGGCGCCGGCGUCUCGCCCGCAGCAGCCAAAGCCCUGGAAAAGUCCCCACAGUACGUGGAGUGGCCGGUAAUGGACGACGAAGCCAUGCGCGAGAACACGGCUUUCGCGGGCGUCGUGCUGGAUCUCGAGAAUGAGAAGACGGAGGCUGUGGCGGAUGUUGUUGUGCGCGUGGAGACGGAUAUCAGGGUUGAGGGCGGGGGGAUUGAAGUCGAUGGGGAGGGGACCUUUAUGGCGACGGAGAGUAGUAUUAUUGGGGAUGCGCGGAAUGCGGGGCUCGGGAAGGCGGAGAUCGAGGCUGAGCUUAGCAGAUUGCUGGGUGUUAGUACUUUUAUCUGGUUUCCUGGUCGGGUUGGGCUUGAUGUUACCGAUGUGCAUAUUGAUGCUGAGGUGAGGUUCGUCAGGCCCGGUGUUGUUGUUGUUUGCCGUCCGCACGAGAAAGCGGAGAAGGUGCAUUGGGAGAUCUACUCGGAGAUUCGGGAGGUCUUGGAGAGGUCUACUGAUGCGCGUGGACGGCGCUUUGAGAUUCAUGAUGUUGUUGAGCCGGAUCCGGCCUGCGUUAAGGGGGGAUCUCCACGGGGAGGAGGAUGCGCCAGCGGCUUCGUAUGUUAA